AUGUCGUGCCGAAAAAUCAUCAAGACAUGUCGCCGACACAGUCAGAUUGAGCGAUUCAUUUUCGAGGGAUGCGCCUGUGUGGCCUUCAGCGGGUCUAGGAGUUAUAACCUACAGCAUAAAAAAAGUAUCCAGACGAAUGAGCGCAUCACCACCAGCGACAAAGCUCUGGAGAAGGAGACCCUAGGUGAUAUAGAUGGCAGCGGGAGCGUGAUGAGCGAUAGCAUCGAUGGUCAUAACCCUCAGCAUGACGCACGCAGCAAUGUUGAUCAAAACUACCAUCUGACCACUCAGGCGCAACUGCAAAGGCAAAUGUUAACUUGCAAUAGCCAACUCUGUAUCACAAGUAACCAUGGCCCCUAUAAGCUAGAGUUAUGUAUGCCUAAGCGCUAUGAGCCUGUCCUUCCUCUACUACCUUAUUUUGUCGCCUGCUUCUCACCCACAAAACUACCCACCGACGUGUUUGUUCAUUUCCUACAGUUCCUGGCCCCUGGUGAUCUGUGGAGGCUGUGUGAGGUGUCCAGAGAUAUGCGAACUGCAGUGUUGAGUUACAUGUCAGCGCCUAAGAGAAUUGAGUUUGAGAUUGUCCGGGUCCUGCGUCAAGAAAAUUGGUACACACCGUCCGAAUGGCUUCGAGUGGCGCAUGUGAUGCAGUUUGAGAGCAUUAUGGACAACUAUUGGGCGACAUUUCGAUCACGCUUACAUCUACCUAUCCCGCCGCCCCCUCCGGAGCCUUCGCUAGAAGGAGAGUCACUUCCAAGCCCAGUAUUUGGGCCAGGCUACGCCGAUUUCCCAGAUACACAGCCAAAUCGAGGCCAGGUACGGGGCCAGUACUGGGAGGCUCAAAGCGAACUCCUGAUGAUCACUUUGACGGAGGAGAUGCCAUACGGUAAGUCACCAGAGCACCAUAGAACCCUACCAAGCGCCGUUCUCCCGAAUACUGGCUUCAAAACCGAGGAAGAAACAGCCCAGGGCGAGGGCCCCGUGAUAGAAGAGAAUGAUAUCGUUGGAGGAAUCAAUAGCCAAGGCACUAAUGAGAACAAUCAUGUGGCGGCCAAGGGCCUGAACGCUGCCAUGCCUUUAACGCAUAUACAGCUGAUCAGGAAGGCAGUGCUAGAUUCGCAUCUAAACCCACCACCUCUCCCACUUCAGCGAUUUCAAUCCAUGGUCAAUGUCAUUUUCGACGCCAACCUAGUACGACUCGACCGGCGUAGAGCCAUUAUCAAUUGCGCACGGUAUACCGCAGCAGCAAUUGAGUCAGUUUUUGGGAGGACAAUCGAGGGCCGCUUGCCCAUCGACCCCACGACAUUACUUUCAGUUACAACAGCCACCAAGGCAGCCACUGGAUUACGCCUGGAGAUGCUUGCGCCGCAAGGCGGGGCUCCAGCAGUUGCAGUCCCACCUGAGACUAUGACUAUGACGAAGGAGACGUUAAUAUUGCCAUCGCCAAAAUUGAACAAUUGCUUCAAGCAAAUGUUAUGGCAUGGCUGUAUUAGUAACCUUAUCCGCUUGUAUAAUUUUAUCCAAGAGCUACACACUCGCCCUUCUGUUCUCAAUUUAAGAACAUAUUCAGAUUCACUUUUAAACACAAGCUACAGUGCAUUGCGAAGAUACCAGGAGUUAGAGGAUAUAUUUGUAUUCAGCGGAACAGCGGGUGUAUCGGCAUGCCAAUCCUCCUCGAGUGCAUGUCCUUCAGGUAUAGAACAGAGAAUGAAAAGCCGAGAGAAGCAACUUAAUCAGCGGGUGCACGAAGCACAUGAUCAAGCGUUUACACGGAAACGGUUUAUGAUGAAGGAACGUAUUCGCCGAGAUAGACUAGUCAAAGAAGAGCUGUUAUCUAUUUGUCAUAUGGCGUGCGGUUUGUUCAAAAUCCGAGAUUUUUAUCUGCCGGGCGAAUCAUCCAGUCCCCUGUCAAUUGUAGCGCUUUUACGGAGAGGUAGCCCAUGGGGCGUCGGCGCAUGGCGUGAGGGGGAAUGGCGAAGUACUCCCGUCGAUUUGGACCAUGAUAUUGAUGAAAUCGCAAUGUCCCGUCGUCUUCAUUUAGAGCAAGAAUACAGGUUCGAGUCCGGGCUGCUUAGUCAUCAAGGGUUAUCGCCCAAUGAAGCCCAGGCGAGGAUGAGUGAACUUUUUAGCCUGUCCCCAGGGCGGCAUGGGCUAGAGGAAUGUGAUGACAUGAUAGAUCAAGGGCCUUGGCAAAGGCUUUCCUUAGCAACAAUUCAAUUUUUAGCGCACGAAAAUUUGGAAUGGGCAGGGAGUGGAGCAGACCCGGAGCUGAGCUGGUUGCGAGUGACUUUCCAGGACGAGGCUUGGUAUUAUCAUGAAUAG